AUUCGCUAACUGCGUUCGCGUGUAUAAAAAGGGAAGCGGCAGUAGUGUGCACGCUACUGUUAGCCAGACCAAUCAAAGCCAAAGAGCCUCCCAGCUGCUCAAGCUUGUGGAAAAGAGGAGUGCGCUUGGCUCUUGCUUCGUCAGGGAGAAAAAUGAGGAAGGAGAUGAUCAUCAGGCUGCAGACGAGCUCUGAGAAGGGCCACUGCAAAGCUAUCAAGGUGGCUGCUGCAAUCUCAGGGGUGGAGUCCGUGACGAUCGCCGGCGAGGACAAGAACCUGCUGCUGGUGAUCGGCGUCGGGAUCGACUCCAACCGCAUCACCGAGAAGCUGCGCCGCAAGGUGGGCCACGCCGAGGUGGUGGAGCUGCGCACCGUCGACGCCGCGGACGAGCUCGGCGGCGGCCUCGUCGUCGCCAGCGACCGCGCGUACCGCUACCACCCGAGCCCGAGCCCCUACAAGCGCGACCACUACUACGCCGGCGGCGGCAGGGACCACUACUACACCGGCGGCGGGUCGCCGUACGCGCCGACGAUGACCCCGCGGGUCGACUACUACUACGGCGGCGGUGGCGGAGGGUACCCGGCGCAGUACCAGCAGCCGCCGCACGACUACUUCUACCACCCGGCCGCCGCGAACACGCACACGGUGGUGCGCCACGAGUACGCGAGCGACCCCAACGGAUGCUCCGUCAUGUGAGGAGUGGUUGCCGUUGACCCGUUGUUGCCCGUUGCGGGUGUUCCGCGUGAUCUGGGAAUGGACUUCCUGUUGCAUUCCAUAUCUGGUGUCACUCGCCGGCCUGCUGGUGACUCGGUGUUAGUGUUCACAAGCAGACCCUGGAUUACUUUCGUGUAAUUAGUGUAGAACAAGCAUUUGCGUGCGUGGCUGCCUGAACCUGUGUGUACAUACUCAAUCUACAAGCUUCGUACUACGAAUCCAAGUGCAAGCCAGCUUACUGCUUGUCCUUCAGAGA